CACCCAUCUCUGCGCGCUCUCUCCUCUGCAGCCCCGUGAAGUCGCGCUCUCUCUCGCUCACUCGAUCCACUUGGGAACUUUGUCAGAGCGAACCAACGUCGCCUAAACUAACGACAACCAGACGUGGACGCCACCCUAUUGCCGCGCGCUUCCAUUUGGAUCUUACGCAUUUCGGAUUUUUACGCAUUUGGAGACGUACUGCCAUGACUCGUGUUCCUUCUUAAUAACUGGAUUUAUAACCGACUUUUUACGCGCUACGAGGAUGUCUAUCGUCGCUUUUGUCGCGUUUCCAGCAGUAACCUUUUGAGAAUGAAAGUUACGGUGUGUUUUGGGAGGACGCGAGUGGUGGUCCCGUGCGGGAAUGGGGACAUCAAGGUACAAAAUCUCAUCGAACAAGCCGCGAUGAGGUACAAGAAGGCGAUUGCGAAGGAGCCCAGUUACUGGGUGCAGGUUCACCGUCUGGAGCAUGGAGACGGGGGCAUCCUGGACCAGGACGACCUGCUGUCUGACGUAGUGGACGACAAGGACCGCUUGGUGGCAGUAUACGAGGAGCAGGACCCCCAUAAUGGAGGAGAUGGGACCAGUGCCAGCUCGGGUACCCAGAGUCCAGAGCCCUUCCCUGGGGACCUGAGCUCGGCCUCGGCCUUCCAGCCCUACCAGGCCCACAGCGAGAUCGAGGUGACGCCCUCUGCUCUCAGAUCUAGUAUGCCUCUGCACGUGCGGCGCAGCAGUGACCCCUCCCUGGCCGACGCUCCGGGAGGUCCCGAGGAACCUUCCAGGAAGAACCCGGUUCGAUGGUCCACGACGCCCAACUUCCACAAGUACAGCCUCAAAGUCACCACCAGCACGGGUACAGGAAGUCUGGAGAGGAAGGGUCGGGGUGCCCAUGCCUACCGCAGCCUCCCCCGUGAUGCCAGUGGCUGGUCCACACACUUCCAAAGAGAGAUGACCCGCUCCUCACUCAGUGCCAAUCACCCCAUGAUGGAGAGGCUACUGUACCAGCAGGACCAGGAGGAGGAGAGGAGGCAGGAGAGGAGGAUCGAGAGGAUAGAACCAGUGGGCAGAGCAGACUCCUCACAAGAACGUUCUCCGGCUUUAACCCUAGAGAGCAUGCUGAGGCCAGUGGAGGUGUGCAACGAAGGAGGGCCCCUGGGGAUCCACGUGGUGCCGUUCAACCAUGACAUCAGGACCCACGGCUUACAGGUGAACCGUCUGGAGCCCGGAGGUAAAGCCGAGCAGGAGCGACUGUUCCAGGAAGGAGACACCAUCGUCAAGAUCAACCAGGCCGACAUCCGCAACCUGCGCUUCGAACAGGCCCAGAACAUCUUCCGCCAGGCCAUGCGCUCGAGGUUCAUCCUGUUCCACGUCGUCCCAGCAUCACUGAAGAAGCACUUUGCUGUGUUCACGGGCCAGAACGAGCUGAGUCCCCCCCAGCCCAACCGAGUCCGCUUCAGUCAGGACCCUCAACAGAGCGGCGGCACCAGAACCAGCCUCUCAAUGCACCGCACGUCAGCACCGGUCAACUUCAACCACAAUAACCACCCCGCUCCGCUGUCAGGGAGUACCCCAGAAACCAACCGGAGGUACGCCACACUACCCCCCAACAUGGUGUCCAGGACGCCCUCCGCCCCGUCGCCCACCCUCCAGCGCAGAGUCAGCACCAGCACAGCCAGUAACUCCUACAUGAAGACCAAAGGACGAAGGUUCAACGUACAACUCAAAAAAGGUCAGGAGGGUCUUGGUUUUAGCAUCACCUCCAGAGACGUUCCCCUAGGGGGCAGCGCUCCUAUCUUCGUCAAGAACAUCCUUCCAAGAGGAGCAGCGAUUCAAGAUGGCCGACUCAAAGCUGGGGACCGCUUGCUAGAGGUGAGUGGAGUGGACCUGAAUGGGAAAAGCCAGGAGGAGGUAGUGGCCUUGCUCCGAGCGACACCCAUGGGUGGCAUCGUCAACCUGUCAGUCACCCGCCCGGAGGACCCCCUACUGCCCAGAGAGGUGACUCCGAGUGACGAUGACCUGGUAGCGUCUCCAGAUGGCGCUCAGGACUUCAUGACAUUUGAGAUCCCUCUGAAUGACUCGGGUUCGGCCGGGCUCGGGGUCAGUGUGAAGGGCAACCGCUCCAAGGAGAACCACGCCGACCUGGGCAUCUUCGUGAAGUCCAUCAUCAACGGAGGAGCCGCUAGCAAGGAUGGUCGUCUGCGCGUCAAUGACCAGCUCAUAGCCGUAAAUGGGGAGUCGUUGCUGGGGAUGACCAACCAGGAGGCCAUGGAGGCUCUGAGGACCUCCAUGUCUGUGGAGGGCAACAAACGGGGCAUGAUCCAGCUGGUGGUGGCUCGCAGGCUGGCCAGGUUCAUGGAGGACGCCCCGGUCAGUCCUCCACUGUCUGAUGUGUCUGCUGGGUCUCUGCUGGAAAACCAGGAGCGCCGCAUCUCCCACUCCCUGUACGAAAGCUUAGACUUGGACAACCUCUCCACUCCUCGGGGCAGCAUGGCCGGACGCAUGGCAAACUACCAGCUCUCCCCAACCGUCAACAUGCCCCAGGACGACAUCGUGAUGAUAGAAGACGAUAGGCCGCCGCUGAUCCCGCCCCACCUGUCCGACCAAUCAUCUUCCAGCUCGCACGAUGACAUGGGCUUCAUCGGAGAAAGCCCAGGGGAGUGGAUCCACGACAUACCAGACCAGGGGGAAUGCACCCUGAGUCCAGAUGCAGACGCUGAUGGCUCGUUCCAGAGAGAAGGCUUCGGCCGCCAGAGCAUGUCUGAGAAACGCACCAAACAGUUCGAAAACGCCAACCAGCUGGACAUUGUACGGUCCCGCAAGUCCAAGAGCAUGGAUCUAGGUUCUUCGUUCCCAGCAGUCGGACCCUCCCUGGGCCUGAAGAAGUCCGCCUCCCUGGAGAGUCUGCAGACCGCCCUGGCCGAGGUGAGCGUGACCCGGGCCCACUCCCACAUCGUCAGGGGUCGUGGCUGCAACGAGAGCUUCAGAGCCGCCAUCGACAAGUCCUACGAGAAAACGGGAUCCAGCACUGGUCCCACCACAGAGGAGGACACGAGUAUGGACACAUUGGACGAGGACACGGAAGGCAGCUACCGUUCUGGCCUGGAGUCCAUCUCGACCAGUGGAGAUCUCAGCAGCACCUCCAGAGAAGACCGAAGCAGAGAAAAGAUCAGCCCCAUCAAGGUUGACAGCAAGAAGAAGAAGAGUGAGGAGACCAAAGACAAGGGAAAAGCCAAGAAGGGAGUGCUCAAGGGGCUAGGGGAGAUGUUCAGAUUUGGAAAGCAACGGAAGGAGGAUCGUCCCGCCGACAAGAUGGAGCGAAAGGGUUCAAAUAAAUCCAAGGCAGAGGAGAGCCGGCAGCCUUCUGAAGACGAAACCCUACGGAUGAAGAUGGAACAGGAGAGAAUCCAAGCCAAAACACGUGAACUCCGUGAACGCCAGGCUAAAGAGCGGGAAUACGCCGAGAUCCAGGACGUGGUGAGCCCCGCCCUCAGCUCGGACGAAGAGCACACCUACGCGGGCAUCGGAUCUCUGGACUCCUCGGUGGACGGGAGCAGUCUGGACCACAGCCACCACCACUACCACCUGCCCCACAGCCCCGACAGCCCGUCCACGACCCUCCACAACCAGGACAAUGGACCCCCCGUGGAGGCCGUCUACGCCAAGGUCAACAAGCAUCGCAAUGGACGCCCUCCCGCUGCUGACAGUGUCCAAAUGACGCCCAGUAACCACGAGCGGAUACAACGUCUGAGGCAGGAGUUUCAGCAGGCCAAGCAGGAGGAGGAGCAGCCCUACAGCCUGGACCAGCCCUGGCCCGCCAAUGGGACGGAGGCUCAGAGUGGACUCCACCCCCUCACAAUGGACCCUCCGCCUCCCCCACCACAUCCACCAGAUGAGGAUUUCACCCAGAGCUCAAGACAGUACGGCUCUCUCCCCCGGCCAACCCGUCUCAACCCCAGCCCCGCCUCCCAGGACCCAUGGGACCUCCAGCACAAAGACCCCCGCUACUCCGCCAGCCCGGCCCCCCGCAAUGGCUACCUUGGAGGGUCAAACUUCAACGCCCGUGUGUUGCUAGAGACCCAGGAGCUGCUACGGCAAGAGCAACGGCGCAGGGAGCAGGAAGCUAACAAGCCCCGCCCCCAAUCACAGGACACGCCCCCCAACAACCAGCAACCCGUUACCCCGACGACAACGCCCAAGGGCCCUUACCGACAGGACGUCCCGCCUUCGCCAAGCCAAAUUGCCAAACUCAACCUGCACAGUUUGGAUAAAGGGAGGCCAUUUUAUUCGUGACAGUAACUUCAUGUGAAAUUGCAUAGGGAACAAAGUUUUAUAAUUGGUUGGA